GGUCGGUCCUCUCGUCAGUCGUGAACGUUUCGGUUGCGCCGCUGCGAAAAUCGGCCAGCAUGUUGUGGUGACGAGAGCUGCGAUUCGGCCCUAAACUUGCUGAUCGGCGGAAGCAACGGACUUUCGACUUGUUGUCGGAAAAUUGUGCGAUUUCCUCGGAUUCGGGAAAAGCCGGUGCCAUAUCAAGGACGCGACGAAACGCAGUUUCCAUCGCAGCACCAUGUGUGUCCUACGUCUUGGUCUCUUUCUCCUGGUGAUUGGAGCACCAGUGGUCGUUCUGGGUCAGCAGGCGAGCGUUUCCGGCGAGGAAGCGUGCGCCGAAUUGCUGACCGACCUUCGCCACCCUUGCACCUGCAUUUACGACGAUUCUCAGGACUUGGAGCUCGAGCUCGACUGCGACCGCGUCGUCUUCGGCGUCGACUUUCCGGUCCUGCCGUUCGGCGCCGCCCUGCGCAGCUUCAGUCAGCGCCACGUCGGUCUGCAGGGUCUGCCCGCCCAGGCGUUUUCAGGUCGCGAAAUCGCCCUCACCAGACUCGACUAUUCGGACAAUUUGCUGCGACGACUGACCGAAAGGUCGCUGGACGGCGUCAGGGAAACGCUGAAGGAACUGGUGCUCAGGGACAACCUGCUGGGCGACACCCUGAACCCCAUCUUCAGCAGCGGAGAACUGCGCGGGUUGACUAACCUGCAGGUUCUUGACCUCAGGGGAAACCAACUCAGGGGACUCGAGGCCGGAUUCGUCAAAGGAUGUCCAAAUUUGCAGGAAUUGCUUCUGGACCGGAAUCUCUUGUCCGCUGUGCCGAGCGCGUCACUCAAUGGCCCCAAGGCGCUUAAGGCGAUCACGUUAUCUCGCAAUCGCAUCGACAUCAUCCGCCGUGAUGGUUUUUGGGCUCAACCGCGCCUCGAGUUGGUUGACCUCAGCUCGAACGGAAUUCGUGUGGUCGAAGGUGGUGCUUUUGUAGCGCUGACCCAACUUCGCGCACUCAGGUUGCCGCACAAUCGUCUUACCAGGCUCAGCAGUGACACAUUCCAAGGCGCCGACAGCAUGGAAGUUCUCGAUUUGGCCGAAAACUUCUUGGGCGACUUCCCGACCGUGGCCCUGAAACCUUUGACCAAGUUGCGUGCCCUCAACCUUUCAGCCAACCUGAUUCAAACGCUGAACAACGCCGAUCUUGCUUCGCAUCCCGAUCUCGAAAUUCUCGACCUGAGCCGCAACUCUUUAGCCUCUCUGGCUCCAGGCACUUUUGUCGGCCUCCGCAAGCUGCGCAAACUCUACCUGCACGUCAACUCAUUGCGAACCAUUGAGGACGAUACAUUUGAGGGUUUGGAAAAACUGGAAUUUUUGUCUCUCGAGGACAACAAUGUCCUUCUGGUGCCAACUUCCGCUCUGGGGCGACUACCCCGUCUUGCUGCCCUUAACCUCGGCUUCAACCGAGUUGCAGCUCUGAACGAGGCUUUGCUAAAGCCUGCUGCACAUGUUCAGAUGCUUUCACUGCAAUUCAACGUGAUUCGUGAAAUCCCCUCAAACGCCUUCUCCAACUUCUCGAGACUGACCAAACUUGACCUCGGCGGUAACCAGUUGCAAGUCGCGUCUCCAGCGACCUUUGCAGGCUUGGAAGCCACUCUUGAAGAGCUCAUUCUGCAGGACAACAAAAUCGUCAGCCUCAGUCCUUUGGCCCUGCCGGCUCUGAGGCGCCUAAGCAUGGCCCGCAAUUACCUCACCGAGGUGCAAGCAGGCGCCCUUCGACUUUUACCCUCCCUGGAAGAACUUGAUUUGAGCGGCAACCCCAGGUUGACCAACCUCCCCCAGGCACCAUUCGCAGGACUCGGAAGUUUGGCCAUUCUCGACCUCAGCAACACCGGCCUGACUCAACUGACCCCUGGUCUGUUAGUAGGCCUCGGAGGCUUGCUGAAUGUUAAUUUGGCCAACUGCAAAAUCACCGAGCUGCAGGAGAGGUCCCUGAGCGUUUUGCCUCAACUGGACACUCUCGACCUCAGUGGAAACGAAAUCUCCAACAUCAAGGCUGGGGCGUUUGACAACCUCCCUGCCCUCCGAGUGCUGAACAUUUCCAAGAAUAAGCUCAAUUCCUUCAAGGGAGAAAUCUUCCGACACCCUGAAAACAGGAGUUCAGCAAUUGAGGAUUUGGACUUGUCUGGAAAUGACCUGCAGUAUCUGUUUCCAAGCUCCUUCAGUUCGCACCCAAAUUUGGUUCGAAUGGCCGUCCAGAACAACAAGUUCACUUUCUUCCCAUCUGAGCUUUUGUCAGGGUUGAGGAGGUUGGAGUUCAUUGACCUGAGUGGCAACCAACUCUCUUCAGUGGACGAGCUCAAUUUCGCCAGUUUGCCGAGGCUGAGGGAAAUUAUUCUGAAGGGUAACAAAAUCGAGCAUUUCAGUGAAGCCGCUUUCAGAAACUCGAGCCAAAUUCAAAUUAUCGACAUGUCCAGCAACAAGCUCAAUAGGAUCGAGGAAAGAUCCUUUGAGGGCUUCAACCGUUUGAUGCUCAACCUGGACAAUAAUCAACUGAAUGAUUUGCCAGAAACCUUGUUUGAUAGAAGCAAAAUUCACAUUUUGGAGGAAAUCAGUCUCGCUGGAAAUAAAUUUGAAAUGGCUCCACUGCCAGCUCUCCAGCGCCAAUACUUCUACCUGAAUAAGGUCAACCUGGCCAACAACAAAAUCAUCAACCUCCCUGCUGACGACACCAUGCUGGUCAAUAUAAAGAAAUUCGACAUCUCCUUCAACCCUCUCUCGACCGAGUCCGUCAACUCAUUGCUGGAAGAGCCGAAAACGGUCAGGGAAUUGAACCUGGCGGGAACUGGAAUAAGGUCGCUGCCGGAAACACUGGAAACCCCAUUCCUCAGGUCGCUCAACGUCUCGCAAAAUCAAAUCACCUCCAUUCCAAAAACUGUUUUCUACCGCUCGACUCUGCUGGAAAAACUGGACAUUUCCAACAACAGACUAAACAAAGCCACUCUCCCACCGUUGACAAACCUGCAGGAGCUGGACAUGUCCAACAAUCCUAUUGAAAUUGUUUAUCCCACCGACCUGGCCAACAUCACUAACCUGAAGGUGCUUAAGCUUAAAAACCUAGAAGUCUUGAGCCGACUUGAAGCUGGUGCUCUGCAACCACUGUCAAACUUAGAAGAACUAGAAGCCUACGGAUACCCUCGUCUUGGAUACCUGGAUGUUAAGGGAAUUCUGUCAGUUCUUCCUCCACUCGAGAAGUUGGAUAUUGAAAUGAAAGAUGCUGCCCUGAGCGAUCAGCUUGCCGCUGCUCGCCACCCUAGAAUGAAGGAAAUUGGACUUCGCGGACCUAGAGUGCAGCAGGUUGCAUCUAGUGGACUUUUGGCCAGUAUGACCGCGCCAACGUUGACAGUGAAACUUCGCGACACGGCCAUCACUUCACUCCCACCAUCCCUGCUCCUGCCAGUGCCUCGUUCCACGCAGCUCACCCUUGACGUUAGCGACAGCAAAUUAACCUCCCUCGCCGGACCACUCCUCUCAGCCCUGGACUCGCGCAAAAACCGCCUAAACGUCGUCGGCGUCGACAGCAACCCCAUCAAGUGCGACUGCAAUUCAGUUUUGUUCCAAAGGUGGCUGCUUUCGCACCCUGACAUGCCGGCCGUCAAGUGCGAAAGCCCAGUCGAUCUUCAAGGAGAGUCUCUGCAGACCCUGCCAGAGGAAGAGCUGAUUUGCGGCGUUCGCAGUACAAAACCACCCCCGACCACCACCACCUCCUCGACCACCCAAAGGGCAAGCACGACGGCCGAACCGGAAAUCAUCUGGUCAGUGGCGGCGACCACGACCAAGUCGAGGAACAAAGACCCUGAGACCACGCAGAGGCCGAUCAAGUCGGCCGGAAGCUCAAGUUCAAUCGCAAACGACGACACCCUUAUCAUCGGGAUCGUCGGAGGGGUGGUCGCUUUCAUUCUGCUCCUCAUCAUCAUUAUCUGCAUCGCCAGGUGCAGAAUGUCCAGUGCCAGCAGGUACCAGGGCGGACCCCUGGCGGCGCCACCCAUGUUCCCGAUGCCACCGUCGUGCACCUGCGUCAAACCACCCCCGUCCAGCAUCUACAUGAGUCCGUACAGUGCCAAGGGCUACCCUGCUGGUGGCCAACCCUACUACAUCAGCUACCCUCCCGAGGAGAUGAACAUGCAGAACAUGCACAUGGACAUGCAUUACGCUGAAAGUGUGCGCGAAAGUAUGCGAGGAGAGCAGCAGUGAUUCCUGUUUUGACAGACACACUUUAUCAUUAGGUGAAAAUGAAAAUAUUUAUUGAAUGCACAAACUGGCGGAUCAUCUCCAGUCCACAUAGAAACAGAAUCAAAAAGUUGAACAAACCCGCAGACCAAAUACCACGAUUUUAUCUGAUGUGUACAAAGCGUUUCCUUCCUAAUCAGCUCGCAUCAUGUACAUAUAAACGUAUUUUACAAAUUCAGACUUUGAUCAGGGGCAUUGAAGUGGUGGAGGCAUAUCAAUAGGGAAAUACCUCAAAGUGCAAUACGCGAGCGAAUGUCUUGUUGUAUGAAGUGAACGACAUUAUCAGUACGUGAGAUUAUUUGUAUAUAAGCAAUAAAAAAAUAAUACUUUUCCAAGA